AUGGCUGAACGUGAGGCACAGACAACUACGAGGGAUGGCUUUGAUGAGGACGUGGACAUGGACGCUUCUUUAACCCCGGUCUCAUUUCCAGACUACGAAGAUAAUCUUCGAUCGGUUGCAGUAGACCAUUCUGCAUUUACGAGGCAGUCCACGGACAAGCGCAGCAUCUCGUCAGAACCCCAUUCUACCCACGAUUUUUGCUGGCCCCCUGUUCAGGCCACUACGGACCCUGGGAUUGACGUGGACGAUAUUGUGAUGGAGACACUAAAUCCGACGAUUCCUGGAGAAAUCAUCCCGGUGUCACGAGGUGGACCUGAUAAGGGCGUGGUGCUGGAUCACGGCGAGUCCCCCAGCCUGGUGUUGGAAUGGAUUGGAAGCUUGCAUGGAUUGCAGGUUGACGUCCCCUCUAAUGGGCAGAGUCUAUACGCUGCUAUCUUUGCCUCCACAACGAAUGUCCAAGCUUCUACGUUUUAUCCUUCAGUGUCCCAAACGCGGGAUAUCAAUGCCAUUUAG